AUGGCGUCCGUCAUGAAAGCUGUUGACAUCAAAAACGGCAAAGGCCCCGCCUCCGCCCUCUUCAUCAACCCAUCCACCCCGACCCCCCAACCGGGCCCCGGCCAAGCCCUCGUCAAAGUCCGCGCCUUCGGCCUCAACCGCAUGGAUCUAAUCCAGCGCAACGGCCACUAUCCGCUCCCGCCCCAGGCCCCCUCCACCCUCGGCGUCGAGUUCAGCGGCACCAUCCACUCUCUCGGCUCUUCUCCCCCCUCACCAGCCUCACCCGCGGCGGCCGCCGCCUUCAAACCCGGCGAUGCCGUCUUCGGCCUAGCCUACGGCGGCGCCUACGCCGAGUACAUCGCCGUGUCGACCAAGAUGCUCCUUCACAAGCCCGAGCAACUCUCCUUCGAGCAAGCCGCCGGGGUCCCCGAGACGUGGAUCACAGCCACGCAGGCGCUGGACUUUGUGCUGGGCGGGAUCAACCCGUCCGUAGGAGAGUCUGGGGAGAAGCCGAAGCAGAAGAAGAGUAUCCUGUGGCAUGCGGGGGCGUCGGGGGUGUCGAUCGCGGGGAUCCAGUUGUCGAAGCUGGCGGGAGCGAGCGAGAUUUUUGCGACGGCGGGGACGGAUGAGAAGUGCUGGUUUGUGGAGAAGGGGCUGGGGGUGAAGCAUGCGAUCAACUAUAAGACGCAGGACUGGGCGGAGGAGAUUUUGAAGAGGACGGAUGGGAAGGGGGUGGAUUUGAUUGUGGAUUUUGUGGGGGGGAGUUAUUUCCAGAAGAACAUCGAUGUGAUUGCGCGGGAUGGGCGGAUUUGUAUGCUGGGGUUGAUGGGCGGGGCGACGGCGAAGGAGGUGAACUUGGGGAAGCUGUUGUAUAAGCGGGUUAGGAUUGAGGGUAGCACGCUGCGUAGUCGGGAUGAGGAGUACCAGGGGCGGCUGCGGGAUCGGUUAGAGGAGUAUUUGCCGCGGUUUCAGAGUGGUGAGUUGAAGGUGCUGGUGGAUACAGUGUUGCCGUGGGAGAACAUUAUCCAGGCCCAUGAGCUGCUGGAGGCGAACAAGACGAUGGGCAAGAUCAUUUGCACCAUUGACUGA